AGACUUCCUCCAAAUGCCGAGAAGGCAACAGCAAAACAAGAAAGCAGGAGCCCAAUCCAGCACAAUUGGAUGAAAACAAGUAGCAAAGAAAAAUCACUUGCAAACUGUCUGCGCUGUAGCUGCUGAGUUUCAUAAGAAGUUGGACUGACACUCACUGUUUCCUUUGGACACCGGCAAGGAAGUUGCAGCAACAGAAGCCACCAGACCAACAGCUGAAUGAACAGGGGCUUUCAUAUUAUGAAGCUCACUAGGCAACAACAAGGAAAUUAAGGAGAAGGGGAUUUUGAGUCACAAGCUGGCUCAGCUGAAGAUGAGUGCUGUGCUUCUGAUGCUCUUGGUAUCCACUGUGAAUGCUGGCACCCUACGAGAAAAGGGCUCGCUGAGACGGGAAGCCCGGCGGCUUUCAUGCGUGCGAUGUUGUGGGCCUUCAGAAGAGCCAGUCUCCUUCGCCUCAUCACGAUCCACUAGGAUGAGCAAUGACCCCGCCUAUUCAGUGCCCAAAGUCCAGCCCACAAUAGAUAUCACCAUCCUGAAAGGUGAAAAAGGUGACCUGGGAGAGAAAGGGAUCACCGGAGGGGCUGGAAAGGAUGGAGAACAAGGGCUACGUGGUUAUAAUGGACGGAAAGGUCAGAAAGGCCAGGUUGGUCCACCAGGCAAUUCCUGCAAGCUGCAUUAUGCUGCCUUUUCAGUGGGCCGGAGAAAACCUCUCCAUAGCUCUGAUUAUUUCCAGCAUGUCACUUUUGAUACGGAGUUUGUGAAUCUCUACAAACACUUCAGCAUGUUCACAGGGAAAUUCUUCUGCUAUGUGCCAGGGAUCUACUUCUUAAACCUUAAUGUCCACACCUGGAACUUCAAAGAGACCUACCUGCACUUAAUGAAGAACAAUAAGGAAGUGGCCAUCCUCUAUGCCCAGCCCAGUGAUCGGAGCAUCAUGCAGAGCCAGAGUCUCAUGCUUGAGCUGCAGGAAGGAGAUGAGGUCUGGGUGAGAAUGUUUAAACGAGAGAGGGAAAAUGGCAUCUAUAGUGAGGAGUCUGAUAUUUACAUCACCUUCAAUGGCCAUUUAAUAAAACCAGCCAUAGAGUAGCCAAAUUUGCAUCUUUGGGCUCAGUGCUUUAGUAGAGCUCCUUGGGUAGAUUACUAACUCCCCUCUUUAAAAGCGCACAUGUCUAUGUCAACAUGGAAAUAAAUAUGCACUAAAUAUUUUCAUGGUCUGAUUGUGGCUAGCAGCCAGCUGAUCUGCUUUUUGGCUUGCUAAUCCUCCCAGUCAAUUAGAGAUAUUUCUCAUGCAACAAUCUUAAUGUGAAGAGCACAGGUGUGAGCAUGCGUGGGAGGGGAAUGGGCACUGCUAGCUAAACGAACAGAAGUUACAUGGCAGUGCCCACUUGAUGAAUACGUAGAAGGCCUGAGCUCUUUCUGACCCAUGGGAUGCUGUGCUUAUUGUUAGCUAGAUGAUAAAACAGAAGGACACUGUUCUGAAGUCUUUCCUAGGCCCCUUGCAACAUCUCUGCUAAACAGCUUGCCAAAAUCAUUCAGUACAUUACUUCAGUUACAAAAAUGUUUUAACCUAUCAGAUCUGUUUUAGUGGAGUGGCUUAAUCAUUUUUGUACUCUGUAAUUAUCUGAAGAUCACCUUUCAAUCCCCAGCUGUCAUAUUAGACAAGCUAGUUAACGAUUACAAUGAAAGUAAAGUGUUUGCAGGUUGCUUUGCUUACAAAGGAUGUCUUUUUUCAGAGUAACAGCCGUGUUAGUCUGUAUUCGUAAAAAGAAAAGGAGUACUUGUGGCACCUUAGAGACUAACCAGUUUAUUUGAGCAUGAGCUUUCGUGAGCUACAGCUCACUUCAUCGGAUGCAUAGCAUAUCGUGGAAACUGCAGAAGACAUUAUAUACACACAGAGACCAUGAAACAAAACUUCCUCCCACCCCACUCCCCCGCUGGCAACAGCUUAUCUAAAGUGAUCAUCAAGUAGAGCCAUUUCCAGCACAAAUCCCAGCCCAUCCCUCUUUGAAACCUCUCUUUAUAAUGCGCAUGAUAAUCAAGGUGGCUCAUUUCCAGCACUAAUCCAGGUUUUCUCACCCCCCCCCCCAACCCCACACACCCCCCUCCAAAAACCACACACACAAACUCACUCUCCUGCUGGCAAUAACUUAUCUUACAAUGUGCACAGCAAUAAUCCAAGUUUAACCAGAAUGUCUUGGGGGGGGUUUUGUAGGAAAAAAACAAGGGGAGAUAGGCUACCUUGCAUAAUGACUUAGCCACUCCCAGGAUGACAAAGACAAAGGAUGUCUUUGUAGUUUACGAUUGCCGUCUGCAGUUCCUGUCCUCCAGUUCCAUUCUAGAACCAUACCUUGCACUCCCCUGAAAUCACUGUCACCAAAAAUGACCAUUUCCUAGAUAAAGCUCAGAACCGGUGCUCCAUCUUCCUCCUCAUUGACCUGUCAGCUGCCCUUGACAUAAUCAGCCAGGCUCUUCCUCUUGAAAUCUUGUCCUCUCUUGGCUUCUGUGACUCAGUCUUCUCCUGGGUCUCCUCCAGCUUCUAAUCACUCCUUCAGCAUGUCCUUCAAAAAUCUUCCUCAUCUCCCCCUCUCAGUUUCUCUGGGGGUCCUACAGGGCUCUGUCCUUGGUCCCCUUCUCUUUUCCCUCUACGCCUUGUCUCUGGGUCAUCUCAUCCACAAACACAAAUUCAGUUACCAUCACUGUGUGGACGACGAGGAGAUCAACCUCUAUUCCAGACCUGCCUGCUUCUGUCCAAAUGAAAAUCUUGGCCUGUCUCUCUGACAUCUCAUGGACGUCUAACUGUCAGCUCAAGCUCAAAGUGGCUACAACCAAGCUCGUAGUCUUCCUCCCUGCACUCCGAGCUGUCCCGGGAAGCCCUCCCCGCUACCUCCUUUCUAGAUCAUUGUGGACAACGCCACCAUCCUUCCUGUCACUUGGGCCUGUAACCUGGACAUCAUCUCUGGCUCAGAUCUCUCUCGAGCUUCACCUCCAGGCUCUACCUAAACCUUGCGGAUUCUACGUAACAGCUCUAAGAUCCAGCCUUUCCUACCCAUCCACACCCCUAAAACUCUCAUCCAGGCUCUUGUUCUCUGGCAUCUUGAGUCCUGCAACAUCUGUCUCUUAGCAAUGCUCAUAUGCAUUCAGAAUGCUGCUGCAAGGAUCAUUUUCCCAGUUUGUUGCUCUGACCGUGUUGCUCCUCUCUUGGCAUCUCUCUACUGGCUCCUGCUUCUCUAUCACAUCAAAUAUAAGCUACUUGUCUUCACUUUCAAGUCCCUUCAUGGACUAGCACCCUAUCUAUCAUCUGCCAUUCAGUGUCAGGAUGUUGACUCCUCUCUCCCAACUGCCCACGAUGCCCAUCACCACCCACGUGUUGCAUUUUGAAACAAGCAUCUUCCUUCUCUUUCCUGUGCUGCCCCUCACAUUUGGCGGGAACUCUCCGUAAACAUCCAACACCAAACAUUUUCCUUCUUCAAAACUCUCCUUUUGCACGAUACCUACCAAGACCAUGGCAAUGAUUAGGCUACUGGGGUGUUGAGACCCCAGCCUAUCAUGCUGACCAACAUAGUCUCAUCGGAGUCCGCUAUCUCUCUGUUUUCAUCUGUUGUCUCUUGCCUUGCGCUUAGAUGGCAAGCUGUUUGGCACACGGACCAUCUUUUUGUUCUGUGUUUGUACCGCACCUAGCACAACGGGGUCCUGGCCCAUGUUUGGGGCUUUAAGACACUACAGUAAUACAAAUAAUAAAUGAUAAUAAUACAUUUUCUAAUAAAAAGAAAGGGCCAUAUUCUCCUCUCAGUUAUUCCAGUCCAGCCCCACUGGUUUGGGUCGGGUUGCAGCAGGAUUACAGAGCGUUAGUUGGCCCAGUGCACUUACCUUAAAACGAUGCUGACUUUCUUUGCUAUAAUUCAUGAUUUUGUCCUUUUUCCUAGAAUGUAAUAUUGCAAUGACCUAAACAUAACACGCCAAUCCAGCAUAGCGCUUAAGAAGGUACAUAACUUUUAUCAUGUGUGUAGCUCCAUUGGGAUGGGUAUGCUGGAGCAGGACUGAUAAGGAUAUCGAAGAGCAUUACACUGUGUCACCUUUCCCGUUUUAAUGGCAACCAUCGUAAGGAGAGGCUGAUUGUCAGAGUUACUGAGUACCUACCACUCCAGCUGAAGCCAGUGGCAACUGCCAGGGAUCAACAAUGAAAAUUAGUUUACUAUAAUUUCUAGGCAGUCGAGAAAUGAUUGUAUUGUGCAAAAACCUCCUUUCUGCAGGCUGCAGUGUUAGUUUCUUAAUAUUCACUGCACACAACAGUGAAAUGCUAUGUGCUAGAACCAGAAAACAGACCAAAUAUAUAUAUUUGUUAGUCCCUGUCCCCAUACACACACCCCUUGUGGGAUGUUUGCAUGGAGGAUGCAUUACAUUAUAUUGUACUGGAUGUCUUGCUCGGCUAAUUGUUGCUUGUUGCUGCACAUCUCUUGUUACCAAUCAUUUAACCUGAGAAUUAACUGUAAUAAAGAUAGUGUUCUGAACCCA